CCAACCUCCCUCAGAGAAAGAAGAGAAAGAGAAAGAAGAAGAAAAAUGGAUAAAUUGGCUAUCCGAUCACAAAAUGUUACCCCAAACACUUCCUCGAGCGAGAAUUUUGCAAUAUGGUUAUCAAUCGGCGUGGUUUGGAACGGAGGCGAUUCAGACGAGGACGACGAAUAUUGCGGAGAGGUUUGGGAUUGCGGUGGGGAGGGAGAGGAAGAAAUGUCCAGAGAGACCAUUAAUCAUCAUCGCACAAUGUUUUGGUGGUUUGGUCGUUCUCAAGGCUAUCCUGAAAGCCAACGAAUCCUUUGGUAGAAAUCACCACCACAACAGCAGCAACAGCGGCAAUUUACUAUCUUCCCUCGCCGGCAUCCUCUUCUUCGGAACGCCUUUUCGCGGCGCACGAGGCAUGUCCCAAGUAGAAUUACUCGCUGCUGCUCGGGAAGAAUAUACCGAUUCCGAAAUCUAUCCCGAGAUUUUACAAGUGUUGCAACCGGGAAAUGAAUAUCUUCAAGAUUUGGUGGAUCAAUUUACGAGACUUCGGUCGACUUUGCCGGAAUUGCGAGAUUGUCGGAUUGCGUGUUUUUUUGAGUUGAAGGCGAGUAAUGUGGGGAGGAUUGUUGGGGGGAGGGAGAGGAGGGAUCGGAUGGAGUUUGUCGUCGACGAGAGCUCGGGAUGCUUGGAUCGAUCGGAAGGGACGGAAAAGUAUUCGCGGGAUUGUUCACAUUUUGAUAUGAAUAAAUUUGGAGAUGCGAAUGAAGAAGAUUAUUUGACAGUGGCGGAUGUAUUGAUGGAUUUUGCGAGGAGGAACUAG